GCAGCAUUUCGACGACGACAACGAUGGCGCUUCUCGCACACAAGGGCUGCCGCUGGAUCGUGCUUGGCUGGUCGGCCUUCAUCGCCGAGAACAUUGUCUUGUCCGAGUACAAGGAAGAGAUUAUCGCGAGCUUUGGCAAGGACAAGUACCGGCUCGCCUACUCGACCUUGUCGACGGGCGCGUGCGCAUCGAUCGCGUACGGGUACCUCGCUCAUGGCCGCCAGCAAGGGCCGCUCGUCAAGUCGCUCGCCAAGAAGUGGCCGCUGCCCGUCUUUGCGAUCCAGGCGCUUGGCCUCGCGGGUAUGGUCUCGCUGGCGCUGCCCAAGCUCCAGAUUCCGCUCUCGGUGCAAGCGCUGGAAGACGCAACGUCGUCGGCGCUCGAGAAGAAGGACAACAUGACGUUCUCGGUGCAGUGCCCCGUGGACUUUAAGGCCGGCAAGAUCAACCUCCUCGAAGUUUCGCGCUACCCGAUGCUCUUUGCGUUCGGUCUCGCGUCGCUCGGCACGAGUCUCGCGUCGCCGUACCUUUCGCUGCGCCUCUUGGCCGGCUUCCCCAUGGCGAUGGCUGUCGUCGGUGGCAUGCACCAGGAUCGCCUCCGCCUGCGCUCGGGUGCGCUCGACAAGGAGACGUACGAGAAGACGAGCUUGCUGCCGUUCGUGGCCCUUGUGCAGAAUGGCGGCUGGGAGAACGUCCAGGUGCCGUGGGUCAACGUCGGCCUCGGUGUCUCCAUCGCACUCGUGCUCGCCCGUCGCCGCGCGGUCGCCCUUCGGGCGUUCAAGCUCUAGAGCUACUGCAUGCUACGACACGGUAAUAGAGACAAAACACC